UUGUUGCCGAAACACAAUAUCUGUUUUAAACGGAAUGCAUUCAAUGCAGGACCCUUAAAACUGUGGUUCUCACAGCCUCCUCUUGCGUACAGUACAAUCCACUAAUCAAUAUUUUUGUGUGUGCUUCAAACCACUGAAUUUUAAAAAUGGGCGAUCGAAGAGAAUUCCCAAAUCCCUUUCCUCCCUUCCAUGGAGAGAACCUUCUUAGUCCCCAGGGAAAGAUUGCUGAAGAAUUUUCUGUAAAGCUGGAAGAUUGUAUUCAAAGUCUUUUGAGCAAAUUAGAUUAUGGACUGAAAAGUCAGGAUAAAAAUGACUUCACUGUCUAUACUGGAGUUACUGGAAUAGCUUUGUUACACUUUCACCUUUAUAAUGCGGGACCAUCUAGAGGAGAUUCCAAACAUCUAAGAGAUGCUGCUGAGAUACUUGAACGGCCACUUCGUCAUUUGAAAGAACAUCGUUUUACAUUUCUUUGUGGAGAUGCUGGACCGCUAGCAAUUGGAGCUGUUGUCUACAGUAAACUUGGUAAAGAAGGUCGCAGUGAAGAAUGUAUCCGCAAGUUGUGUGACAUGUUGCCACAAGUCAUACAAGAUGAAUCUCUCCCAGAUGAAAUACUUUAUGGUCGUGCAGGCUAUGUUUAUGCAUUACUGUUUGUGCGACAUUAUCUUGGAGAUGCUCUUGAUGGAAAGCUCAUUCUGCAGGUUUGCCAGAAAAUGUUAAAAUCUGGUCAACAAACAGCCCAUCGAGAACGCAGUAAAUGCCCAUUAAUGUAUGAAUGGCAUGAAAAGAAAUAUUUUGGAGCUGCUCAUGGCCUCUCUGGAAUAUUUUUCAUGUUAAUGCAGAUUGGUGACCCUUCAUUAAAUUCUCAACUGGAACAAUUUGUUCUGCCUAGCAUUGAUUACAUGCUUCAGUUACAGUUUCCUUCUGGCAACUGUCCAUCUUCUAUGGGCAGUAAUACUGACAAACUUGUCCAUUGGUGUCAUGGUGCUCCUGGUUGGAUACAUAUGUUUGCUAUGGCUUAUAAGAAAUUUGGCAAAGAGAAAUAUCUGCAAGCAGCUACAAAAUGUGCCGAAGUAAUUUGGCAAAAAGGUUUACUUUGGAAAGGCUAUGGCAUUUGUCACGGUACUGCAGGCAAUGCAUAUGCCUUUUUAACUAUGUACAAACUCACAGGAAACCAGACUUAUCUUUAUCAAGCCUGCAAGUUUGCAGAAUGGUGUUUUGAUUAUGGCAGACAUGGAUGUCGUAUUGCUGACCGUCCGUUCUCCUUAUUUGAAGGGAUGGCCGGAACUAUAUACUUUUUAGUUGAUAUGAUGGACCCUUCGAAAGCAAAAUUCCCAGCUUUUGAACUAUAAAGUGUAUUUGCUCUCAGCAAUCUUGCCAAUGUUUUUUUUUUAAUAUACAUAUUUAAAUUAAUAUUUUGGUGGGAUUAAUUUUAAGAAUAUUUGUGUUAACUUCCUAGUUAGUUAAAGCUAUAUUUCUUGAAGAGUUCACCACCUUAAUUGCUAUGGUACUGUACUCCUGCUUCCCAGGGUGUUAGCUUGUAUCUAACUGCAGAAGUUGUGUUGUUUUUGUGCAAGGUACUCACCAGUACUUGCUUAAGGUUCCUUAACUAAGUACUUAACAAGAAUUGAUACAUCUUUUGAAAGUGUUCAACAGAAAUAUUUCCUAAAUGAUAUUGUUUUUAUUUCACAUGUAUUGCUUGUGUUUGAAAAAGAGCUGAACAUUUCUUAUAUUUCUUAUCCUUAAAAUUUCUAGCUUUGUGUCUAAAUGAAAGAGCCUGGAGAGGUUUAUCAGGAACCACACCUUUUAUCCUAUCACUCUAUAUUAUAUAGCAGUGUCCUUCAGAAGCCAUGUAAGUGUGCUACAUGGUGGACUU